UCUGCAGCCAACCCUCGCCCAGUCCGCACUUCUCCAGCCCCUUCCCUGGGCGUCAUUGAAUCCAGCCCGGCCCUUGCCCUUGCUGCCGGCACCAUGUCGACCUCUUCGGGGACCCCCGAGUCCUGGAUCGCGAGCUUCUGCGCGCUGCCCGGCCACGAAUACUUUGCUGAGGUGUCCGAGGAGUUUAUCGAGGAUGACUUCAAUCUAACGGGUCUGCAGACGCAGGUGGCCAUGUACAAAGAGGCGCUCGAGAUGAUUCUCGACGUGGAGCCAGAGGACGAUGAGGAUGACGAGGAAGAGGAAGAGGACGACGACGAAAACGAAUCGGGCCUGGAGGAGGCCGACCGUGCAGACCUGCGACACGGCGCAGAGCGGCGGCACCAUAGCAGGAUGGCCAGCGACCUGUCCGUCAUCGAGUCCUCCGCGGAGAUGCUGUACGGCCUCAUCCACCAGCGCUUCAUCUGCUCCCGGGUGGGCAUCCAGCAGAUGAGCGAGAAGUACGAGUUCGGCCACUUUGGCUGCUGCCCGCGGACGCACUGCGAGCAGGCACGCACCCUGCCCGUCGGCCUGUCCGACAUUCCCGGCGAAGACACGGUCAAGCUCUUCUGCCCGUCCUGCCUCGACGUCUAUGUUCCGCCCAACAGUCGGUUCCAGACCGUCGACGGCGCCUUCUUCGGCCGCACGUUCGGCGCCCUCUUCCUCCUCACAUUCCCGGAAUACGACCUCACCAAGCGCGGCGCCGACGUGCUGUCAACCACAAACUCCAAAGUGCCCGACGACGAGAGAAUCAUCAACGGCAUGUACGCAAAGAACAUUGCGCCGGGCCUGGGCAGAGGCCACAUCUACGAGCCCAAGAUAUACGGGUUCAAGGUCUCAGAGCGCGCGCGUUCGGGCCCCAGGAUGCAGUGGCUGCGAGACCGGCCGGACGACAUCACCGAGCUGGACGAGGCACGCCUCUACCACGAGCAAAACCCCGAUUCCGAAGAGGAGGACGACGAGUCCAUGGCGGUUAACGGCCGAGCACUCGUCCGGCGGCGGCUCCCUGGCAACGCUCGCCUCCGCCAGCGGCAAAAUCACAGCGGUAGCCCCAUGGCUCUGUCCGCCAACGGUGCCGAGUCUGAGCUGUAGCGUAGCCCGACCCUGCGUAGCGAGACCUUGCGGACCGACAAACAACGCGGGCUGAGCACGUCGCACGAGAGCGAGGCAUGUUCUAGGAGGUUUUCACCAUACUGAUGACGAGUUCCUUUAUUCUUUUCCUGCUGCUUCAAACUCAGUUGCUGAUUCAAAUGGCCAAGGCGACGGACGAGGGGAAGACAGAGGGAGGAAGGGGGACAAGCGACGAUGGGGGGAUGGAAAUGAAAG